AAAGAUGGCGGAAUACAAAGGAUGAUUCACAUGCACUUAAGUCCCAAGGUGCACCGCGGAGCCACGUCUUGAAUAAGACGACUGCGUCGAGUACAGGAGGUCGAAGGGGGCGCGCCUAAGACCCCCAGCUUGAUGGGAUGAGCGGGCAAGAGACAGUGAGUUGCCGCACGACCUGGGAUUCCAGGAAAAUCUCCCACACAGCACCGAUUCUGAGGAUUGAUAGAACAUUGACGUGACCAUAACAAUGGGCUUCAAGUACUGUGCAAUCCUGUGGAAGACUCUGCUCACUGUAGGAUUAGUAGUCUUCUACUAUUGCUUCUCCAUCGGAAUCACUUUCUACAACAAAUGGCUUCUCAAGGGGUUUCAUUUUCCUCUGUUCAUGACGAUGGUGCAUCUUCUGAUGAUUUUCGUCCUCUCUGCAAUAUCCAGGGAGAUUGUGAAGUGCUAUAGCGGUCGCCCAAGAGUUACCUUGUCUUGGACAAACUACCUCAAAAAAGUGGCUCCUACAGCUGUCGCCACCGCUUUAGACAUUGGACUUUCCAACUGGAGCUUCUUGUAUAUCACGGUAUCCCUGUACACGAUGACAAAGUCGUCAGCCGUCCUCUUCAUCCUUUUCUUCUCUUUGGUGUUUAAAUUGGAGGAACCGACAGCAGGACUCAUCCUUGUAGUUUUACUUAUUUCGGGAGGACUCUUCAUGUUUACAUUCAAGUCCACGCAAUUUAACAGUGAGGGGUUCAUCCUGGUUCUGGCUGCUUCCUGCCUAGGGGGAGUCAGGUGGACACUCACCCAGAUACUCAUGCAAAAGGCAGAACUAGGCUUGGCCAACCCCAUCGAUACCAUGUACCACUUACAGCCUCUCAUGUUCCUUAGCCUCUUCCCACUGUUCCUUGGCAUUGAAGGUCUGCAUGUGUCCACAUCUGAUCAGCUGUUUCGUUAUCAUGAUAUUCAUGCACUGCUGCUUCUCCUAAGUGCUCUUUGUGCCGGGGGAUUGCUAGCAUUUGGUCUGGGAUAUUCAGAGUUCCUUUUGGUGUCCAAAACAUCAAGUCUCACCCUCUCUAUUGCAGGCAUAUUCAAGGAGCUCUGCAUUUUGCUUUUGGCAACACAUUUACUGGGUGAUGAGAUGAGCCUCUUGAAUUGGUUGGGAUUUGCAGUCUGUAUCUCGGGAAUUGCUCUUCACGUUGCUCUGAAGACCGCCCACGGCAAAGGAGCAGAUACUCAUAAAUGGCACAGAACAGAGCUAAGUGCAGAUAUGGAACUAUUGUUGAUGGGACGAGAGGAUGAAGAAGAGGAGGAUUCCUAAUAGCUGAACUAGAUGGAAACGAAAGUUUGUAAUAAGAAGCAAUCACCCACUUACUGUGAGGCAAAAUACAUAUUCAGAGAGCUGGACUCUCUCUGGUCUCCCAAGUCUAAAGGAUUUAUAGAACACGUGGAGAAGAUUCCAAUUCCUUCUACAAGUUACCUUAUGCUGUACAGUCAGGGGAAGUAUUCGCAUCACCAGAAGUGCAUGAUACAGAUAGCCGGAAUGAGACAGUCUUAAGCUGACGUUAUCCUGUAUCAUUUUACUGGAAGCUAGUUGCAAAUAUGUAUUUUAAUUACAAAGCACUACAUUCCUGUUGUUGAUUUUAUGGCAGUUCUGGAACUGUCUGUAAUUUUUAUAAGUUGAAGGAGAUUCAAAGAAAUGGUACAAUAAAAUUAUUUAGGCCUA